AUGUUCGUGUAGCUCAACAAAUUCAAUUUGAAUUUUGUGUUCACAAAAUUUUCACGUCACCAUUUCCAUCUCUAACAUUUUUAUUGCUAGACGAGAGUUAAAGCGUCUAACCUUGAUACCUACCAUACAUACACACAUUCACGUCGAUGGUCGUUGUUUGUUUCAGCAAUUACCACAUUCUGAAUAAUAUUUUCUCGACGUUUUCGUAUAUCCAAACCGAAUUUGUGUACGAUUUACGGGCCGCCGUUUAGUUAUAAUUUUUGCGCUUUAAAGAAUAGAAAGAAAAUCGAAACAAGGAAAGACACGACGAUGUUCGCUCGACACGCGUUUGUAUUCGUACUGUUUUGGGUGUCAGUGUGUGCUCAACAGUAUCAUCCUCAGAAUGUUUACUCCUCCAACUACUAUGAGGACACCCGUAAUUCCUUCAAUUCGAAGGGAGUGUGCACCAUCAACGGUGAAGUGUUUUAUGGAAUCGAUUGCUGGUGCUACAGCAAUAAGAUCGGAACGGUGUUCAUAACAACGCUCAUCAUUCUGCUGAUCAUUGUGUUCUUCAUCAACGGUUGCAUAUGGGCGUGUCUCAUCCACUGUUACAGAUCGUUUUGCGGACGACGAGAUCGAGAUGACGAAAUGUUUGACAUUGGCAGUUUACGAUCGUCCAUGCGAAGGGCUUCGAUGAGAAGGAGUGGCACGGAUAUUAGCUAAGUUAUUCGGUGGGAGAAUUCUUUUUUGCAGAUUUUUUGACCUUUUAAAAUUCUUUGAAUAUUUUGUAAUCUGAAUGCGGUAACAGUGAUGUCCGUCGGGGACAUGAACGUGUGGUACGAUUCCACUGUUUUACAAUGUUUACAUUAGAUUUUACGCGCUAUUCUUUUCAAAUUCAUUUUCGUCCCCCCACCCACCGUACAAAAAACAAUCUGCUGUGGCAGCUAUGGAUGCCACAUUAUUUUAAAAAUUCUGCAAAAAGCUUCCAUCUGCAAAUUGAUGCUCAAAGCGAUGGUGCAUAAAGCUGACGAAUUUUUAACUUUUAUUUAAACAUUUAAAAAAAAGAAUUUCAGGUUACAUCAUGCUAGUAAGUGCUUAUCACUGCCUCUAAAUUGAUUUUUUAAAUAUUUUAUAUUCAAAAUCAGUGAUUUUUACAGUGAAUUAUUCCCAGUGUUCAUUUAAAAUAAACGAAAGCUUCUCUUUCAUCUA